AUGUGGACCAAGAAUGAGGAUUGCAAGAAAGUGAUUGAAGAUACUUGGAAAACUCAUGUGGUUGGCUGUCCCAUGUUUGUCCUUGAAAAAAAGUUGAAAAUUAUUAAAUCUAGACUUAAGGAUUGGAACAGAACCUGUUUUGGUAAUGUGCAUAUUAAUGUUAGUAAGGCUGAGCAAAAUCUGAAAGAGAUUCCAUCUAGCAUUAGCCUGCAAGGCUACACUGAUAGCCUUCAUGAGGUGGAGGCCAAAGCUCAACAUGAUUUGGAAACUGCUCUUAAUAUGGAGGAGGAGUAUUGGAAGGAAAAAGCUAAGAUUAACUGGACCUUGCAUGGAGACAGGAACACUAAAUUAUACCAUACUUAUGCUAAAAUUAGGAGAAAGACUAAUCUUAUUUCCUCCCUUGUCAUUGAUGACAAUGUGGUUACUGACCUUGCUGUUAUGGAAGACCACAUUGAAAGUCACUUUAAGAAUCUGUUUAAUAACAAUCAUAGAAUGCAGGAUAAUAUUUUGAUAAAUGCUAAUGUUCCUCACUUACUGAAUGAUAACUCUAAUGCUAUGCUUACUUUGAUUCCUUCUGCUGAUGAAAUCCAUGGUGCUGUUAAGAAUCUUAAUGCCAACUCUGCCCCUGGCCCUAAUGGCUUUGGAGGCAUAUUCUAUCACACCUAUUGGAACAUAAUUAAGUUGGAUGGGAUAAAUGUUGUUACUCAAUUCUUUUCCCAGGGAUGGAUCAUGCCUAAUUAUAAUGCCAAUACCCUUGUCCUCAUUCCUAAAACCAAAGAGGCUAGCUGUCUUGGCCAAUAUAAGCCUAUAGCUUUAGCAAACUUCAAGUUCAAAAUUAUAUCUAAGAUUCUGGUUGAGAGGCUAUCUUCCAUCCUUCCUAAUAUUAUAUCUAAAGAGCAAAAGGGCUUUGUGUCUGGUAGGUGCAUUAAGGAUGGUAUUUGUUUGACUUCUGAGGCCAUCAAUAUCCUCCAAAACAAAAGUUUUAGUGGUAAUGUGGCUUUGAAGAUUGACAUUGCCAAAGCUUUUGAUACUUUAAAUUGGAACUUCAUUAUCCAAACCUUGAAAUGCUUUGGUUUUAAUGCUACUUUCUGUAACUCGAUCUAUGCUAUUCUGAAAUCUGCAAAUCUUUCUAUAGGUUUCAAUGGUAAGCAAGUGGGAUACUUCAGAGGAGAUUCCAAAUCUCUCAAUGCUAUUACUAAUCUCCUUAAGUAUUAUGGAAACACUUCUGGCCAGUUUUGCAACUUCUCUAAAUCUUUAAUAUAUGUUGGUGGAAUGACUACUGCCAGACAUGUUUCUUUAGCAAAUAUCAUUGGUUUCACUAUUGCUAAUCCUCCUUUUAUUCAUUUAGGUGUUAUUUUCAAAGGACUGCUGACAACAUAA